CCGGCGUCCAAUCGGAGUCAGACAUCUGUUCCGAGCAGAGAGGCGAGCGGCGGCGUCUCGGCGCUUCUUCACUGUAACAGUAAUAUCGCUGUUUGACAGACUGGACCGGUAAACGGCGGCUGCUGCACCGUGCAGACACAUUAUUCAGACUAAUUUGUCUUAAUAGUUCGUUAGCUUUUCAUUCGACGGGGUGCUUCAGCUCGGCACAAUGACAGCCCUGUCACUGCUUCUGGGGGCCGUGUUGGUCGCGUCUGCCCUGGCCGAGUCCACCGUGUAUUUCCGAGAGCAAUUUGAAGACGGGGACGCCUGGACGAGUCGCUGGAUGGAAUCCAAGCACAAGUCAGACUACGGCAAGUUUGUCCUGACGGCAGGGAAGUUCUAUGGAGAUGCAGAGAAAGACAGAGGUCUGCAGACGAGCCAGGACGCCCGCUUCUACGCCUUGUCAACCCGCUUUGAUGACUUCAGCAACACGGGCCGGCCUCUGGUCAUUCAGUUCACUGUGAAGCACGAGCAGAGCAUUGACUGUGGUGGAGGCUAUAUUAAACUGUUCCCCUCUGGCCUCAACCAGGAGGACAUGCAUGGAGACUCCGUCUACAACAUCAUGUUUGGUCCUGAUAUUUGUGGCCCUGGCACGAAGAAGGUUCAUGUUAUCUUCAACUACAAAGGCAAGAACCAUCUGAUCAACAAAGACAUCAGAUGCAAGGAUGAUGAGUACACCCACUUGUACACGCUGGUUGUCAACCCUGACAACACUUACGAGGUCAAGAUCGAUAAUAAGAAGGUUGAGUCUGGCAGUUUGGAGGAUGACUGGGACUUCUUGCCUCCCAAAAAAAUUAAGGACCCUGAAGCCAAAAAGCCAGAGGACUGGGACGACAGGGAGAAGAUUCCCGACCCUGACGAUAAGAAACCAGAGGACUGGGACAAGCCUGAGAACAUCCCUGAUCCUGAUGCGAAGAAGCCAGAUGACUGGGACGAUGAGAUGGACGGAGAAUGGGAGCCGCCUAUGGUCACCAACCCUGAUUACAAGGGUGAGUGGAAGCCCAGAGAAAUCAACAAUCCUGCCUACAAGGGCAAAUGGAUCCACCCUGAGAUUGACAACCCGGAGUACACUGCCGAUUCUGAGAUCUAUAAAUACGACAGCAUUGGUGUGAUUGGACUCGAUUUGUGGCAGGUCAAGUCUGGUACUAUCUUUGACAACUUCCUGAUCACCAAUGACCCAAACCUGGCAGAGGAAGUAGGCAACGACACAUGGGGUACAACUAAGGAUGCAGAGAAGAAGAUGAAGGAAAGCCAAGAGGAGGAGGAGAGAAAGAAACGUGAGGAGGAGGACAAGAAGAGGAGAGAAGAGGCAAAGGAGGAAGAGGAGGAGGAAGAGGAGAAGGAUGAUGAGGAGGACGAAGAUGAAGAGGAGGACGAGGGGGGGGAGCAGGAGGAGGAGGAGGAAGAGGAGGAGGAUGAAGGCACAGACUCUAAACUCAAGGAUGAGUUAUAAACUUUGUGCAGGAACUACUUAGAAAAGAACCUGACUGUGUGAGUCAAUGACCCAUUGCAACAAAGCUGGUGACUGAGAUGAUAGACCCUCAUGACUGACACCCUGGGGUGGGGUUGGGUGGAAUUGGGUUUUUCAUUUGUUUGUUUACAAAGCAAGGGGAUAGGUGAAAAAGGGCAAGUACUGUUCUGUUUCCUGUUUCAAUGUGCUACUACUAUUAUUGUUAUUAAAUGAGGAAUAGUAAUAGAAAGGAAUGAAGAUGUCUGCCAGGGCCGGAAAUAAUAAUUGUUUCGCAGUUGUACCCAACAGAAAUAUAUAAAUUGUCAUGUCUGUUUUGCAAAAAUCUGGGUUUUAAUGAAGUAUAAUGUUGUGGUGACAUGAAAAGCUAUAUUUGGUUUGUGGAUGAUACCAUGUAAAUGUUUUGUUUACCGCAUGCGUUUUGUUUGUCAUAUUAAUCUGUCUCAUGUCUUUUUGUUUUUGUUAAUCUAUUGUAGUCAGUCCUGUUGCUCUGUCUCAAGUUCUGCCUGCUCUUAUUUAAACCUCUCUGAUUCAAACAAGGGUUAAUGGCACACGGACAAGAGUGUACAAGGAUUAACACUAUAUGUUUGACAACCUGUUCAAAAAAACUGUAGGAUGGUAAUAUGGGGUGCUUCAAGAUUAAUCCCUUGCAUAGUUUUGCACUGGAAAGUUAACACUUUUUCACUUCAGUGCACAUUCUGUAGUCUUUUGUGUCCAAAUAAACUGUUCUCAACCUCAGAUGUACAUUAAGAGCACUCCAGUAGCAGGAAGGCUCCCGCUCAUUUGGUACGCAUUCACUUUAGGUUCACUCAUUGUUGGUCUACACAAACAGUUUCCUCAUUUCUGAUGCCAAUAUCUCUGCACUGCUGUACCCCAACACACUGUCCCAAACAGUAUGGAAGGCGAUUCUUUUGUAAAAGAUACAUUUUGUACUAAUGGUAGUAACUUAAGUGGGAAGAUUUUCAUGUUGCUGUGUAAAAAACAAAAAACAAACAAAAAAACAGACAGGUGCUCUGUCCAAUAAAAACAACUGGAAGAAAAUUAA